CUGCCCGCCGCUGCCAGUGGCUUCUGCUAUGGACAAGAUCUCGCCGUCGAAGCUAUCUCCGUGUUGAACACCGAAAAAGAAAGCUGAGGUCGAAGAGUGGCAGAAAGCUUAUCGAUAACGGGCGGCUCUAAGGUAUCUCCGAUCGACCAAUAAGAGUGGAUUCCUGCCCACACCGCUUUACCCGCAGGCCGCUAGUCCUCUUCAGGCGCUAGCUUUGAUUUCCCGUGACCAACUCUAUUAUUCAUCAUCUGACUAAUCCUUCUACUAAGCAAUUAUCGCCCUGGUUGCUGCGCAACGAGAUCGCAACCAAAACAUUUGAAAAAGGUGCGAGGGAGAAAGAUAACUUCUUCUUCUCCUAUUGCACACCAACUGUCCAGCUUGCAGGCCGUCGCCAAUUCUCGAGGCUCCAGACGCCGUUACUAACAUAAAUAGGUUGUCAUUUCGUUCAUCUUUUACUCUCUAUGUGCGGCUACACCUCGUCUCCUUGACUUUAAUAUCUAUACCUCCAGGUUAAUCAUGGCUAUCGCUUUGGCAGAAGCAGACAAAUAUGAGCUCCUUGAGAGAAUAGGUGGGGGACAGCCCUAAUGGUACCAAUAUGCAUGGCUGUCUGGACUAAUAUUUCGUCUAUAGGAAGCGGUUCUUUUGGUGUGAUUCGGAAGGUUAGGAGAAAGGCAGAUGGAUUCGUAUGUCACCUCCUUGUCGGCAAACUACAAGGAUUCAGUUAUGCUAACGGUUUCUAUAGAUCCUCUGCCGAAAGGAGAUUAACUAUCUCAAGAUGUCCCAUAAGGAGCGUGAACAGCUUACCACUGAGUUCAACGUUCUGAGUUCACUCCGACAUCCCAACAUCGUAGCGUACUACCACCGCGAACACCUCAAGGCGACCCAGGACCUAUACCUAUACAUGGAAUACUGCGGAGGAGGAGAUCUUAGCCGUGUGAUCAAGAACCAUAAGCUGGCUGGUACCUUUGCUGAGGAGGAAUACGUCUGGCGUGUGUUCUCCCAGCUGGCAACCGCUCUGUACCGUUGCCAUUAUGGAGUUGACCCCCCUGAAGCUGGUUCCAAUGUUCUGGGGCCAACACCAAAAUCGUCAGGACUCAAAGGAAAACAGGCCCAGGUCAUGAUCCUUCACCGAGACCUCAAGCCAGAAAACAGUGCGUUAUGCGUGGAAUGUACAAACAUGAUAUGGUAUACAUGGUAUGUUUGCUAACUUCUAUCUAGUCUUUUUGGGAGAGGAUAAAUCUGUCAAGCUGGGCGACUUUGGCCUGUCCAAGCAAAUGGGGUCUCAUGACUUUGCUUCGACGUACGUGGGAACACCGUUUUACAUGUCUCCCGAGAUCUCCGCAGGCGAGAGAUACACCCUGUACUCCGACAUCUGGUCCGUUGGCUGCAUUAUGUACGAACUAUGCAAGAAAGAGCCACCGUUCAAUGCCCGUACGCAUGUUCAGCUAGUUCAGAAAAUCCGUGAUGGGAAAUUUGCCCCUCUGCCAGACGUCUAUUCCAGCGAGCUGAGAAGCGUCAUUGCCAGCUGUCUGAGGGUUAACCCUGACCACCGUCCAGAUACAGCAGCCUUGCUCAAACUGCCCGUGAUACGCCUGAUGAGAAAGGAACAGGAGGUAGUCGAGAUAAGCAAAUCUCUCACAAGCAAGGAGGAGGCUGCUGCACAGAAGCUGAAGGACUUAGAAUUACGUUACGCAAAAAUGGAGAAGGAAAAGGCAGCCAUGAAAGCAGCUAUUGAAAGCUCUGUCCGUCGAGAGUGGGAGGUCAAGGCACGACUGGAGAUCGACCGUCAAGUGCAGAUGGAACUUGAGAAGCUUCGUAGGACUUUUGAAGUGGAGGUUGAGCAACGAGUUGCUUCUGAAAUGCAAAAGUACAAGGAAGAAAUGGCACAGAAGCAUAACGUGAAUCUCUCCCAGCUCGAGUCAGCUCAUCAUUCUUCCAUGGGAUCAAGUGAUGAUACUGAUUUCCCUUCGUCCACCGAUCUGAGCGAGCUGUCGCUUGAUCCUCCUACCCCUGAACAGAAGAAUGCAGGGAAAAAAGGCAACCGUACUCCAUUCAGCCGUUCCAAAACCACGGUUGAAUCCCCAAUGGAUGUCCAGAUGGCAGAGCCAUCGCCGGUUUGCAUUGCCUCCUUGUCGUUAUCCCCGCGCCGGACCGCGGGGACAUCAGCGAAGAAUCUUUUCGCAGAUGGAGGACGUACAAAGCUUAGGUGGGAUGAUGCCAUUGCUAUGUACUCCGAUGAUGAGGACGAUAUCCCUGACCUUCCAUCGCCCACCCGCGCAAAGAUUCAGGCUGAACCCAGCAAGCUAGCACAUCGCCCCAUGAUGCGCCAAAACACCACCGCCAUGAUGCAGAAGCUCACCACUCAACCAGAUCUUUUCCCGGUUACCAAGGCAACAACAGUUCGACCUGCUCAAGCUGCCAACUCGGCUGCACCCCAAUCUACUGAUGGCCGCCAUUCUUCGGCUGACACUAGGAACAAAUCGCCUCAGCGCCGCAUUUCCAAAAUUCCUUCCUACAACAACCUUGCCCUUGAAGGCUCACCAUCGCGAAAGACAGCCAUGAUGCCUCCACCAGCAAAAGCAGGCACUAACCCUGGCGGAGAAGAGAUGUUCAAGGCCAUAAUGCAACGCAACAUGGGCGGAAGAUCUCUCGUUGAGCUAGCCCAAGCCCGUGCUGGUGGCCGCUCCCUUGACGAGCUCAAGCGCCCCGGGGAUAGCAAAAUCCCAGCUACUACUUCAUCUGCACCUGUAGCUGCAACCACCACCGUCGCCCAGCUUGAUCCUCCAGCAACCUGGGACCCAGAGAGAGACGAAAUGCCCAGCCCCUUUUUGGUUAGAAACAAGAAGGUUAUCCGCAACUUCCGAUGAGUCUCUGGCAUGAAAGAGACAAACUAAAGAAGAUUAAAAAAGACAAUAACAUGAACUAAACGAAUGCAUGUUUUCUUUCACGUCAGGAAUAGACUCGUUAUAGGAGACCCUGACAGGCUGGUUUGAUCAUGGGGAUGAGGCAAAGUGAUAAUAAUACCCUUUUUCCCUUUUCUUUUCUUUUCUUUUGCUUCGGGUUUGAGAUAUCGUGCUCGGCAUGAGCGAUGUCAUAUCACCGGAGACACCCCUCCGCUCCCUCCCUUUCCUUUACCCUUUUCA